UGUUGAUGUACUUAACAUAAUCGCAUAUUCAAAUCAAUCAUUUAACUGAAACAAGACAUUGAAAAUUACAAAUUAUGUAUAUCACACUUAUAAAUCAUAGCGUCAUUUCCCAUCUUUAUUCCUUUUCCUUGAUUUACAUUUAGCUCAGUAGAGGGCGCUUGUUUACACUAUUAACGCUCUACCGCCUGCCACUCGUUAAAAGUAUGUCAGGGGCCUCUUGAUCUGAUAAAGCUGUGAUAAGCCAUGUGUACACAUGUUCUCUUUGUCUGCAGGCAGCAAAGAAAACACUUAUUUGACACAACCAUAUCACAGCAGCAUUUUGUAUACAUACAGCAGAAAUUCCAAUUAUUGAUUAAUUUAGCAUAUUGGAAGGAAAACAGUUCCAUUCAAUGUUGUGAAAAUACAUCUUCAUUGAUCACAAUAAAGAUUAGAUUUCUGUAUAUAAUCCCAAAAAUUUAGUCCCCUUUAGCAUUCUACAACAAAAAAAUUUCAUUUACUGUAAUGAUUAAUUCACUGAAUUCUUUUUGCAAUAAACUGUAUUUCUCUUGAAAGAUUUCAUCAAUUAUCCCCCAUCAUUUCCCAGCAUGCAUCUGAGUGCAAGUGUGCUCUGACGUACAUUAGACACAUGUACUGCUGCUAGUGCCUGGGUCAACUCUACAAAUUGUUAAAACUUACUACAGGAAAAAUCAUGCCUGAAUGCCAAGCAAAAUUUUGCACUGUCAGAAGGGGACAGGGAUUCAAUACAUUUUCUAUUCCUGACCCUAAGCAUGACUAUGAAUUGUGCAAAAGAUGGAUUCAUAACUUGGGGAAUAAGAAACUAAACAUAAAGACUUUUGUUUUUGCAUAUCAUAAAAUUGUCUGUGAAAAACACUUUGAAGAGGAUUGUUUUGAAGAUGAUGUUGAGGCACGCCUUAUGAAUUUCAAACCAAGAAAAAAACUGAAAAAGGGGGCAGUUCCUACUAUUUUCAAAGACAGCAAAACUCCCAAGAGAAGGGAAGCAAGUGAAAAAAGAAUAAAAAAGAAGGAAAAAUCAGAACUACUUAAGAAUAUUCUUGCCAAUGCUGAAGAUGACAAACUUGUACCGGAAGAUGAGGCAGGCUGUUCUUACAAAGCUUGGAGAUCUGAACAGAAAAGGAAAGAAGAAGAAGCUUGGAGAUCUGAACAGAAAAGGAAAGAAGAAGAAGCUUGGAGAUCUGAACAGAAAAGGAAAGAAGAAACAAUUCCUAAGGGAAAACCAAAAAAGGCAAAGGUUACUCGGAAUUCAAAGAACACUGUGGACGCUGCGACUCAGUAUGAAUAUAUUGAUGACAGAACUACGAAGAAUAUGGGCACACAGUGUGAUAUAAGAGCUGAAAAACCAAUCGAAUUCUGUGUAAACUGUAGAGCAAGAAAAUACCCUAGUCUAACAACAUCCGAUCACAGAUAUUUUAAAAAAUGUCAGGACAUUCCUUCAACUUGAGAAACAGAAAGCUGACAA